UACAUCGAUUCUUUUUUUAAGAAGGCAAAACACAAACGGAGCGGAGCUGCAGAUCGCUUCUGUCGGCAGCGGAGGGACACAUUAAAAGUUCACUGAGUGCUGAGACGAGGACGCCAACCCCGCUUCACGAGAGAGAAAGGAGCAGAGGAUGUCCAGAGCUGACUGGUCUUUCCUGGAGCACCUGCUGGAGGAGGGCCAGGAGUAUUCGACUGCCGUUGGCCGCGUGUGGCUCACCGUGCUCUUCCUGUUUCGCAUGCUGGUGCUGGGAACUGCCGCCGAAUCUGCCUGGGAUGACGAGCAACUUGACUUCGUCUGCAACACGCGACAACCUGGCUGUACUGCCGUGUGCUACGACAAAGCCUUCCCCAUCUCCCACUUUCGCUACUUUGUCCUCCAAGUCAUCUUCGUGUCCACGCCGACCAUCUUCUACUUUGGAUACGUGGCUAUAAGGGUUCGGAGUGACAAGGAAAAAGAGGAGGAUGAGGAGAAGGCAGAAGAAGGUGGUGGUGGAGGCGAGAGAGGAGAAAUAGCAAUACAAAGGGACAAUAAAAGUGCGACUAAAGACAAUGCACAAGAGAAGGAGAAACGAGAGGCUGGUGGGGCACGUGGAAAAGCUCCAACUGAGGUUCCUAAACUGAAAGGCAGGUUGCUGUCUGCGUAUGCAUUCAGCAUCCUGUUCAAAGUCGUCCUAGAAGUUGGCUUCAUCCUCGGGCUGUGGUUCCUUUAUGAUGGUUUCUUGAUCGCAGCCAAGUUCGAGUGCACAGGGUCCCCUUGUCCUCACACAGUGGACUGCUUUGUCUCUCGACCAACAGAGAAGACCAUCUUCACCAUCUACACUCAGGUGAUCGCUACCAUCUCCCUGCUCCUCAACCUCGUCGAGCUCCUCCACCUCCUUCAGCUUGCCAUCUCCCAACGGCUGGAGAAACGCUACCUUACGGAGCAACAGGACAGCCUACCUCGGUCGGAGCCGGUACCGGCCCGACAGGAGGCUCCACAACUCCAAACAGAGGCGUCAGAGUCUUACAAGGCAGGGAGCCAUGUUAACCUCCCCAUCCAGGGUGAGGCUGCGUGCUACCACAACCCCUGUGAGAGCUACGGGGAUCUGGCCAUAGAGACGAACUGGGGAUCUGGGGAGAAUGGGAGCGACCUGCUCCCCAGUUACGUGAACUGCAUGGGGGCUAUGAAGACAACACAUACACCUAGAGUUCAUUAUAAGAAACACCACACUGGGAAAACCCCUAAGCCUGCACAUAAGGGACACUCAAAGCAGAAGGAUUAUGUGUGAGGCAGUCAGAUGUGGUGGUGUGUUGCUUAUGACCAGUCUUUCCUCUUUUUUUUUUUUUUUUUCUACAUGCUAUCCUGCACAUGACACUUAACUGUCAGGAGUGCACAGUGAGAGCUCAAACGAGGGAGAGACGAAGAACAACUCUUGCCCUGUGAUCUUGAUGCCUCAGAGGCAGGCAGACAAACAGAGAUUUAGCAGAUAAAUGGACCUAUUCAAAAAGCAACAUUUUGAGAACACUCCCUAAGGCAAAGAAAAUGAGCUUCCACAACCAGAGAAGACUACAGUCAUAAGAUGCCUUCAUGUCACAUUUAAUGGCUUUUAGUUCUGAAUGCGACAGUGGAAAAAUACAGUGCAAUGGGGGGUCUGCGGUUGGGCUGGGGAGUUUCUGAGUGUGUAUGGGAGAGUAUGCGGUUGAACUAGAUUGAAGCAUAUUCCUCUGAGAUUUGCACUGUAACCCCUGGAGUUCUUUGAAGCCCCCCCCCUCUCCUUUCUCUCCCAUGGCUCUGUCCACAGUGUGGAAUGUACUGCUCUCUGGAUUCUGCUCUGCUCCCAAGAGGAUAAUGGCUACGUGGAUGAAGGCAUGCAUGCAUGCAUGCACACACACAAUGCACUUUUCCCCUUUCACCCAGUGAGGUUCGGUCAAUCAAGUUGGGUAUAUGAACUGGGGAAGACGUGGGUGAAGAAGGAGGAAAGCCGGAGGAACUCUGGGAUUGUGAAUGACUUAUCGUUGCCAGUAACCAUAGUAUUUCAGCUAUGAAGAAAGAGGGAGAGAGAGGACCACUGCACACUACAUUAUGGGAGCUGAGAAAUGGAGGAAAGACAAGCAUACAGUUUGAAAACUUAACCCUUUUUUUGAGAGCUUGAGAGAAAACUCAAAAGAUUGCAUAUUGAUAGUGGUACAGAAAUGUGCAACGUUAAUGAAAGGAAAUUACUUAAUGUGUGAAAACUGUAUUUAAUGUUUCAUAUUUAAAGUACAGUAAAGAAAUACCAGUGUUAAUAUUUAUUAUUUUGUGAAAAAUAAAGUUGUAAGUACCAUAAAUUAA